UUGGAAGGGGGGAAGAUGGCACCUGGGAAGAACCCCCCAGAGACGCUGAAUAGCGCCCAAAAUCUGGCGGGAGCGCUAUGGGAUUGGGGCAAAUGCGAGUCGACAGAGAAAAAGAUUCAGCGAGUGCCGAACACCAGAGCGGAUACGGUAGGAGACGCGUAUCUAGAUACACUAGCUACCAGGGGCAACCUAGCGUCAGUCCUACGGAAUUAG